UCAAUGUCAAAAUUUGCCAGUUUGCAAAAACCAAAUAUUUUGGGUUUUGUGACAAUCACAAAAUUUGCGUAAUAACCGAAUUUAAGGCUUCUGCUACAAACUUUCAUUUUCAUUAUUUAUUUGGCCAUAUUGCAUGGUUUUUACAUAAAAAAAAGAUGAUAAAUGCGGUUCUUCGAACUUCGUUCAUAAUAUGUUUGGGGGUUAAUUAUGUGCAACUCAGAGAAAUAAAAACAAAUGUACCUCAGUGGGACUUGUUGAUUUUCACCCAAAGUUGGCCCGCAACUGUGUGCAUUGAAUGGAAGGAACAUGAUCACUCACAUACAUGCAACUUACCGACAAACAAGGACUCGUGGACCAUCCACGGCAUUUGGCCGACGAAGCUGGGGACGAUAGGGCCAGCUUUCUGUAAUAGAACUUGGCAUUUUGAUCCGGAACAAGUCCGGCCAAUAGAGAAGAAUUUGGAACAGUUAUGGACCAAUGUCGAAUCUGGUACUUCAACUUACGCUCUCUGGGCCCACGAGUGGAAUAAACAUGGUACUUGUGCAGCUGUACUGGAACCUCUGAAUUCAGAACUCAAAUACUUCAAUAUGGGUCUCGCCUGGUCACAGAAGUUUAUGGUUCAUGAUAUUUUACAAGCAUCAGGCAUAGUACCGUCUAAUACCAAUGAGUAUUCAGUACUAGACAUGUAUAACUCGAUUAAAAACAAAUUAGGUGUCAAUCCAGUUAUUGAAUGUAGGAAAGAGAAAGGUAAAAGUUAUUUAGGUGAGAUACGCAUUUGUUUCACAAAAACACUAGAUUUGCAUGACUGCGAUGGUGUUUUGAAUUUAAAAGCAAAGAUGUAUGAAGGGAAAUCAAUAUUAACUAAUUGUGACACUUCACAGGGUGUUUUGUAUCCUCAUUACCCAAGUAAUACAUAUGUUAAUUUAUAUAAAUUAGCUAUGUGGCUACAAUGGCUUACGUUAUAAUCUUGAUAUCAAAUAGUCAAAGUUUUUACUUGAAGCUGACUUUCAAAGAUUUCAUCAUCUGUUUUUUUUAUGUUUUCUAUUGGAUAUUUCAUAUUUCCCAAUCGCAUUUUUAAAUAUGAUCCGUAAUUAAUAUUUAUUUUAUUAAUAAAACAAUAAAAUGUUAUUCAAACUAUAUGGAAUAGAAUUUAUGCAAAUUCUAGAAAUAUUUGUUUUGUAUAUGUUUGCAUAUUGAAAUUUUUAUUAUGGUUUUAGUUUACUUCUUUGUAUGAUUCAUUU